AUGGCGACUCUCAGCGUCCUCACCUUCGAUCCGGAGGGCCGUCCGAUAGAGUUCGAGUCUUGGCUCGAUGACUUGCAGCUGUUCUUACUGAGCGACUCUAAGGACGGUAUUUUACUGUUUGACCUCACAUCUGGAGCCUCUCCUGCCCCUCCCGACACAGCUGGCAGUACGACUCACUCACAGUGGCUUACCCGUGACGCCACUGCUCGCCUAGCCGUUGGCAAUCACCUGCCGUUAGCCGAACGCGCUCCCUUUGGCCAGCACAAGACUGCUAAAGCCUUGUAUGACGCUGUAGUCGCUGGUUACUCCUCCCCGGCCACUGCUGCUCUAGGCCGCCUUCUACUGCCCUACCUGUUCCCAAAGCUGUCCGCCUUUGCCACAGUCGCCGACCUCGUCACUCACCGUCGCACUAGUGACGUCUGCUACCGAGCCGCGCUUCCUGCCGAGGACCUCCUUCUCGCCCUUGACCCCACAUACCUCACUGUGGACCUGCUCAAGAAGCACCUCCUUGCAGCUGAGACUAGCCUGUUGACCACCUUCGUGCUGAGGAGGUGGGAGCUGCGUCUGCCCCUAGUGGGAGGCGCCGCAGCGGCAAGGGCAGGGGAGGCAGGGGCGGUGGGGGUGGCAGAGGUGGAGGCGGUGGUGGGGGCGGUGGAGGCGGUGGAGGGGGCGGCGGUGGCGGAGAGAUUGGUGGUGGGUGUGGAGGUGCAGGUGGCGGCGGUGGUGGCGGCAGUGCGAGUGGUGGCGGCAGUGCAAACGGUGGCGGCGGCAGUGGUGGCGGUAGUGGGAGUGGAGGCGGCGGCAGUGGUGGCGGCCGGGGUGGUACCAGCCAGAGGGGAGGCCUUGGUGGUGGUCAGAGGCAACACCGUGGGUCGGCAGAGUCAGACCCUCUCGCCUCAGGAGCUCCGUGAGUGGUUUGCUCAGCGUGGGGCGGCUGGGGGUAGUGGUCCCUGCCCGUAUGUCAUUCGCACAGGUGACCGCUCUGGUCAGAAAUGCGGGAAGCUUGACACCCAGUACCGCUGCUUCUCUCGUCUUACCGACGCCUUCCGUGCAGAGUUUCCCGACGCGGCUGAUCUCCCCCGCUGGGCAAAGCUGCUUAGGCAGGGUAUGGGUAUCUUCGUUUUUGAUUAUGAUGCUAUCUUUUUUGCCAUGUAUGCAUUGACUGUUAGUGUUGAGGGUGACUGUUACCUGAGUAUGCCGCCAGACCCAGAUAUAGAGGUUGCUGCUCCAGGUGCUAGUGAGGCUGCUGCUCUAGGUGCUGGUGAGUCUGCCCUCUCAGGUACUGCGUCUGCUGCGGCCUUGCACACCUUCACGCUUGACUUGGGUGCUUCCCGAUGUUUCUUCCGCGACUGUACCACAGUCACACCGCUCUCUGCACCUGUUGCUGUCUCUCUCGCUGACCCCUAG